AUGGCUACUCUGGCAGAACAUCCGAUGCCCACGGUCACCUCGUCGACGACAGCCUCGCCGAUGACUACCACCACGGGCUGCUAUGAUCCCGAUCUCGACUCUUUCAUCAACCUCGACCAACUCACCUACACCUCGGCGGAGUCGGCCAGACCCAAGGCGGCAAUUUCAGGCCAUGUUCCCGUUACCAGUGCAGAUUUCAGUGCUGGACAGUCUCCGCUGGCCUUCCAGGCGCCCAGUCAUCAGUACGACGAACACAAGCAGCAGACUGGACUGCCCCCGGGCGCUCUGGCCCAUGCCAUGGCCUUCACACACAUCGGCUACGGAGCAGCCAGCCACGGUGUUGCCAUGGGCGCUGGGGAGGUGUUUCCCGGCAGCCAGAUGAAGCGGGAGGAGCCUCCCAUGGACUUUGGCGCCCUGCCCGCUCGUAACCCCUCCGAAAUGGACCUGGAGUCGGAUCACGUUGCGGCUCCCGCCUCGUACUUUGCCCCCUCGGGUGCUCCCCCCGUCAACAAGAGCCAGUUCAUCGAUCCCCAUGCCCUGGGUGGCCACGAUAUGGUGUCCGCCGGUCCAUCGACGCAGGUCGGCCGCAUGUACCCCGGUAUGCACCAGCAGCAGGCUGCCAUGGCCAAGGCCGCGCAGCAACAGCAGCAACAACAGCAGCAGCAGCAGCAACAGCAGAAGCAUCAUGAGAUGCUGCAAAAUCAACACCAACAUCAUCCGCACCAGUCGAUGCCGCAGCGCCGGAUGGACGAGCAGGCUCGUCAUUCUAUGCUGCCCCCCAACCGGCCGAUGCGUCACCCCGACCCCGUUGUUGAAGAGCGCAUCACCCGUCUGCUUCAGCAGAUGAGACAGAACAUCUUCGUCCCUCAUGACGAGAACGGUUCUCCUUCCAACUCCCUGCCCCAGAUGGCCAAGGCCAAAAAGGACGAACAGGAUAUGGAUGAAGACGAGAGACUCCUCGCCAGCGAGGAGGGCAAGAAGCUCAGUAGCAAGGAGCGCCGUCAGCUGCGUAACAAGGUCUCGGCGCGUGCCUUUCGCUCCCGUCGCAAGGAAUACAUUGGCCAGCUUGAGAGCGAGGUCGCUUCCCGGACCAACGAAUCUCAUGAUCUGCGCCUGCAGAACCGUGCCCUGUACGAGGAGAAUGCCCGUCUCACAGAUCUGGUCCGCAUGCUGCUCUCGUCCCCUCAGUUCUCAACCUUUCUCGAUGAGAUGAGCGCGCCCGGUAUGCCCAGCUCUCAGUCGCAGCAGCACCAGCAGGCCCGGCAGCCUUCGGCCGUUCCGCAGCAUCACGCAAUGCCCCCCGCCGCUGCCGCCGCCGCUGCCGCCGCCGCUGCCCACAAGGAGAUGACCGCUGCCCGCAACCAGGAAUACGCCCUGCCCUCCCAGAACCCCCAGGUCGGCAUGGUGAUGGUCCCCACUCCGCCCCACGGCAUGGAGGUGUCCCCGAUGGCCAUGAACGCGACCCCCGGCUGGAAUUCGGGUAUCGACGUCAACUACUCCAAUCCGUCCGUCUUUGCCGUGUUGGAGGUUCCCGAGGGCCCCGUCCUUGACGCCGAGAUGCUCUCUGGCAAGUCCUUGGCCGGGUCUUUUGGAUCGUACUUUUCCGAGUCCACCAAGGAGGAGCUGCCGUCUUUCGACUGCCCGCCCGUCUCUGAAAACGCCAUCCCCGAGUCUGAUGCCGGCGUGAUCGAUCCCGAGGUCGACAUCGAUGAAUCCGACCCGGCUUUUGCUCUCUUCCUCGACUCACCCGCCUCCUCGUCUCCUUCUUCUUCCGCUUCUAUCAUCCCUACUACUACACCCGUCUCCUGCGAGUCCUUCUCGGGCAUUUCUUCCGACAAGGAUACCCCAAUGUUCGAGCUGGUGGUGGAAGGCGAGUCAACCCAGGUGGAUGCCUCUGCCCUGCGCCGAUUCGCCUCUCUCUGCCACAGCAUGGACGCAGCCUUCGACCGGUCAACCAAGAGUUCCCAGCAAGACGACACCAAUAGCUACGAUCCAGUCCGUCUCCGCCAGAGAGCACCGGAGGGCGAUCCGUUCGAACCACCCGGCUACAAACCCCUGGAUCUGCCCGUGGGCUCGAAACCAAUGAAAUCCUACUACCAGGUUCUCACGACGCCGACGGCCGACACGCCCGGCACGGCCCUUGUGCUCAGCUUCCCGGAUAAGCGGUAUGUGUUUGGCCAGAUCGCAGAGGGCACCCAGCGGGCCAUCACGGAGCGAGGCGUGCGGCUGGGCCAUCUGUCGGAGCUGUUCCUGACGGGACGGACCGAAUGGGCGAAUGUCGGGGGCAUGAUUGGAUUGAUCCUCUCCCAGGCGGAAGCCAUCUCUGUUGCCAACGCCUCGAUCGAGGACGCAAACAGGCAGAGGGCUCUGCGGCAAGGCGAAAGGGAAGGUCAAGCCGCCGACAAGAUAAAGCCGGAUGGCCGGAAGACAUUGACCAUCCACGGGGCGAAGAACAUGACUCAUAUGAUGGCUACGGCGCGGCGGUUCGUGUUUCGAAAGGGCAUCCCGGUCUCCUUCCGGGAGUACCUGUCCGACGCGGAACGCAGACUGGCCCCUUCAGACAAGACGGACCAGGACACGAGUCCUCCGCAGCCCACCUGGGCCGAUAGCAACAUCAAGGUGUGGGCGUUGCCGAUCACCACCUCUGCUCCGGCGCAGCGGCGGUCCCCAGAGACUUCACCGCGGAAGAGGAGUCUGGAUGAAUUCCAGGAAACCGGUCUUGCCGUCAAGGACAAGGAGCCGUUGGAAGACUGGAAGAAGGACCAGCUGGUCACACAGGCCGUCGUGAACCACAUGUUUGAUUCCGACUGGAAGCUGGAUUCGCUCUUCGAGAUGCAGCUGCCCACCGUCAGGAUGCCGGCCGCGAUCUUCGUGCGUGACCCGGUCACAAAGGAUUUCAAGCCCUACACCGGCCCCGUCCCCGGCGGCAACAGGCCCGUGCCGGACAUCAAGGUGUUUGUGCGGCGGCCCUGGCCCGGCGCCGCCAUCGAGAAGCUGCCACAGACUCGCCCGUCCAACGAUGCCAUCUCGUACAUUGUCUGCAGCCAUGAUAUCCGCGGCCGGUUCGACGCCCAAAAGGCACAGGCCCUGAAGGUCCCCAAGGGCCCGGCCUACUCACAACUCACUCGCGGCCUCAGCGUGGUCUCCGAGGACGGCCAGACGAUCACCCCGGAUAUGGUCCUGGACCCCAUGCGGCCGGGCAAGGGCAUCGCCAUUGUUGACCUGCCUUCCACAGACUACCUGGAUGACUUUUUGGCCCGUCCCGAAUGGGCUUCUCCAUCCAUCGUCUCCCACUUGGAGCUCUUUGUGUGGAUCCUGGGCCCGGGAGUGGGCGAGCACCCCAAGCUGCGUGCCUUUGUCGAGAAGAUGUCGCAAUGCAAACACACCGUCUCCAGCACGGAUUACUGCCCGAACUAUCUCGCUCUGACGAGCGUGGCGGCCUCGUCCAUCCGUCUGGCCCGGCUGCGACAGGAGAACUACUCGAUCCCCGUCCAUGACAAUGAGUCCCUGCCGCAGCGGGGGACGCCGACGGCCGAUUCCCAGGCCACCAAGGAAGCAAUCCGCAGCUCCCCCUUCCAGCCCCUGCGUGCCGGCCUGACCAUCGAUAUGGAGCCGACGUUCGGGUUCAAAGAGACCGAGGUCGCGCCGCUGUUGAACGCUGCCAUGUCGAUCGAGCAGAUGCCCAACUCGGUCGACAGACGGAUGCGCACCAUCCAGCGGCGCAUCCAGCGCGAAUCCUUCACGGAAGAGCUCCGCCGGUUCAAGGCGCAGCUGCCCCGCGACGAUGUCGAGGUCAUCACCCUCGGUACGGGCUCGUCCGCGCCCUCCAAGUACCGCAACGUCUCGUCCACCCUCGUCCACGUCCCGGGAAGCGGCUACUACAUGCUCGACUGCGGCGAGGGCACGCUCGGCCAGAUGAAACGCAUGUUCGCCCCGGAAGAGCUGAAGGAAGUGCUGCGCAACCUGCGCCUGCUGUGGAUCAGCCAUCUGCACGCGGACCAUCACCUCGGCACGACAAGUCUGAUCAAGGAGUGGUACCGGGCCAACUACGGCGACAAGAUCGAGCCCCCCCCCGCGUCGUUUACAGACGGGAGCGAGCCAGAGGCAAUGGACAAGAUCCUCAAGGAGAAGCGGCUGGCUAUCGUGUCGGAGGAGAUGAUGAUCAGCUGGCUGGAGGAGUACUCGAGCGUGGAGAACUUUGGCUUUCACAAACUGCUGCCGCUGGUUGCCCACUCGCCUCCCCCGACCGCACGGGGAGCGGAAGACAACCGCACGAGCUUCUCCUAUCGGUACUAUCGCCCGGGUGUCUCAUCGGAGUUCGUCCCAUACAAGCGACUCCGGUUCGAUGACUCCCUUUCGGCACUGACCCCCUUGCUCCAGGCCGCGACAGGGUUGUCCGAUCUGCUGACGACCCGGGUGAACCACUGCCGCGGCGCGAUGGCCGUCUCGCUUGUCUUCCCAUGCGGCUUCAAGCUGUCCUAUUCGGGCGACUGCCGCCCGUCACCCAGCUUCGCCGAGAUUGGCAAGGGAUCUACCCUGUUGAUCCACGAGGCCACCUUCCAGGACGACAUGCAGGGGUCGGCCAUGGCCAAGAAACACUCCACCACCGCCGAGGCUCUCGAGAUCGGUCGCCUCAUGCAGGCCCAGACCAUCCUUCUCACCCACUUCUCCCAGCGGUACCAGAAGGUUGCCCUCGUCGAGCCCAGUCAGGGCAGCAGCAGCAGCAGCAGCAGCGCCGCCGCCGCCGCCCUCGAUGCCCGCGUCGCCCACGCGGCCGCAACCCACACGCCCGAUAUCCCCUUUGAAGCCGACGAUGCUCUCAUCGACGAAGAGGACGAUCUCCUUCGACCCACUGUUGUUGCGGACCGCACGCUUUCUUCUUCUUCUUCUUCUUCUUCUUCUUCUUCUUCUCAAGUCAAAGUGCCCGUCACCGUCGCGUUCGACUAUAUGCGUCUGCGCGUUGGUGACAUCCCCGUCGCCCAGCAGUUCUCCCCGGCCAUCGAGAAGCUCUUUAUGGUUCUCGAGUUGGCUGCGGAAGAGAAGGCCCUCGAGGCGCGCUUCAAGAUGGAGGAGAUCAAGGCCCAGAAACAGAAGAAUUUCAAAGCCAGGGGUAGCAAGGGUAGACCUGCUCUCGAGACGCAGAGCAAGCCUAGGUCUCCUAGGAAGUCGGCUUGGAGUGCGAGUGAGAGUGAGCCUGGAUGGAACACGGAUAGUGAGUGA